AUGUCUCUACAUUUACCUGCGGAUCAGUUGCAUCUAUCGGGAUCUGAAUCGGACCGCACACAAUCUUCUGAGGAUGAAGAGGAAGAGACCUGGGAAGACCGGGUCUCUGAUUCCAUGGAUAAUCGACCGUGCAAGUCACUUUUUGACAACGAGAAGACAUUUACGUCCGUUCCAGAAGCUGUGAACCACGACAAGCUCGUUCACGGAGUGGAUUUGAAUGCGAUUUGCUCUCGGCUGGCUCUUGAUCCGUAUCAGCGAAUCCGUUUGGUCAACUGGAUAAGAAAGGAGAAACCCGCGCCGUCUGAGGUCCUCGCAUUGAAAGGAGACGAAUCGUUCUUCUCAUCAGAUGAGUACCUCCCUCCUGUGUUGGAGGAUGACCCAUUGCUGCAGACACAGUCUGCGGCAUGGUCGGAUUACGAGGAUGAGCAAUCCCCACCCACCGACCUGGCAACCGCUAUACGUCGUAUCCAUAUUCUCGAGAAGAAAGUGCAGCAGGCGAAGCAGGACUUGGCAGAGUAUCGCACCUUCUCUGCAUUUGGCGAAGUCCUAACAGACCCUGUUGCAUCAUCUUCAACCACUCAUCUUGGAAGGCCCCUGCGUGACGAUGACUCCCACUACUUCCAAAGCUACGGCGAGAAUGUGUGCACAGCGACGUACGCAAAGUUCAUUAUGUCCAGCACCGAGCUUUUCCGCGACGCGAUUGUUCUCGAUGUCGGCUGUGGAACUGGCAUCUUAUCCCUCUUUGCUGCACGAGCAGGCGCAAGACGCGUGUUUGCUGUUGAUGCAAGUGACAUUGCGGACAAGGCACGACAGAUUGUCAAGGACAACAAGCUGGACGAUGUCAUCACGGUUAUCCGCGACAAGAUUGAAGACAUUAAAUUGCCUGAUGACGUCGAGCAUGUCGAUGUGAUCAUCUCUGAGUGGAUGGGAUACGCAUUACUCUAUGAAUUCAUGUUAGAUUCGGUGCUACGUGCGAGAGACAGGUUCUUGGACCCAGAGCAGGGUGUUAUGGCCCCUAGCCAAUGUAGGAUGACGCUUGGUCUUUGCGAGGCUAGUGAGGUCUUCAAGGAACGCGUUGGCUUCUGGAGUGACAUCUAUGGUUUCGAUCUAUCGGCAAUGGGGAAUGACGUCUAUGAGGAUGCAACAGUCGACGUUGUCGGACCUGAAACUAUGCUCAGCGAACCUUGCAUGAUAAAAGAUCUCUACCUCCCGAACAUCAACCCGAAACAGCUCGACUUCUCCGUACCUUUCAAGCUAGUCUCUAUUGCCGACCGGUGCACGAAGGUACAUGCUCUCCUAGUGUACUUUGAUGUCUUCUUUGCCGAGGACGGGCAGCCCGUCCCACCGGAUACCGAGGCAUAUGUCGUAUGUGAGGGCGAUCCGGUCCUGGCGGAGGUCUGGCCCCUCGGAGGAAGACCUCAUCCAUCGCGGAGGAUGAGCUCCGGCGAGGGUCUCCGGGGCAAGGUCAGGCCGAAGGUCACAAACUUCAGCACGAGCCCGCAGUCCAUGCCGACACAUUGGAAGCAGACGAUCUUCCUGCUGAGGGAUCCAAUCACCGUGCACGAAGGGACGACCGUGCAUGGAACCUUCAAGUGCCGGAAGAGUGAAGGUAACUCGAGAGAGUUGGACGUUGAAAUCCACUACGUCGUCAAAGCUCCAGCAGAUGAGCAAGCUAUAGGUGACGCUGUUGUGCAGAUUUACAAAGUGCGGUAAUUUAUUGCAGCAUCACAAAUGCAAAGAGACGGACGAUGCAAAUGUUGUAGUACUCAUAUUUUACUAUAAAAUAGAGCAGGUGCUUUUUUGUGUAAAU